AUGGAAAUGGCUUGGUGCAAUAAUUGUUACCGGUCGUUCAAGAGCCAGGAGGCUCUUGAGCAGCAUAUCCAAAACUCGCCGGCCCAUAUUCCAUCAUUUGAUUGCUUUCUAUGCAACCGGUCGUUCAAGAGUCAGGAGGCUCUUGAGCAGCACAUCCAAAACUCGCCGGCCCAUAUUCCAUCAUUUGAUUGCGUUCUAUGCAACCGGUCAUUCAAGAGCCAGGAGGCUCUUGAGCAGCACAUCCAAAACUCGCCGGCCCAUAUUCCAUCAUUUGAUUGCUUUCUAUGCAACCGGUCGUUCAAGAGUCAGGAGGCUCUUGAGCAGCAUAUCCAAAACUCGCCGGCCCAUUUCCCAUCAUUUGAUUGUGAUCUGUGUAAACGGUCGUUUAAGAGCCUCCUGGCUCUUGAGCAGCACAUUCAAUACUCUUCUGCACAUCUAGCGCCUCCUAGUACACCCUUGAACCGAUUUUUUCAGUCUUUUCCGCAAUUUGAGUUUGACCCAAAUCUGCCAGCUGCCGUUUCCUAUGCACGAUUGCAACAGUUUUAUGGAUGGAAAAGAGGUAGUGUGGACUCUGAGGAAGCCUGGACAAAAUACCAAGAUGCACUUCGUGAAGAAUUCAGUCUCUGGUUUGGAUCAGAGAAUGAUCUCGCUGCCUGGCAUUCACUUUGUCGAGCUGUUAAUCUACACCCUCUUCCUAAAACAUGUUCUCAAUGUAAAACGGCUAUAAGAAAAUUAUACAUCAAUAUCGUCGAUUUGAUUGACUGGGCCCGUGGUGGCAGGAACGUUGGGGGGAUUCGACAAUUCGAGAGUCUAACAGAGUUGCGUGAAUAUUCGAAGAAAUCUCACAAAAUUUUUCACAACACUCUAGACGACUCAGGUGAUGGCGAUGUAGUACUUCGGCAUUUGCUCCGCUUUAUCCACCGCCGUGUGGAUAAUCAGGAUGAAUAG